AUGAGGUCCCCAACAGUGCAGACACAGUGGAGUGCUGCUGCCCGGCAUGGCGAGCGCGACCGUGUGCUGUCGCCGAAGCGAGAGCAGGGAGGGCCCAGCACAGCACAUGAUGCCAAGGACACCGACCAGAAUCAGCUCACCUCCGCUGCUAUACCGGUGACAUCGGCAAUACAGCCUUCGCAGCUCUCUCUGAAAGAACCCAGCAGGCACCGCAGCACGUCCGCCCUACCGCACUUGGAGUCGAUACAGCGAAACGACGAAUUAGGCGGGACGCAUACACGGCGGCCAACGCCGUCUGCGCCUGCUGUGGCGGCAGCAACGACAGCGAUACAGCCACCCCUCUCCUCUGUCGCCAGCGUUCACCACUCGGCCGCGAGCGUCUCUUCGAAAGCGCGGCAGGGGUGCUCACCCUCGUUUACCCGCCCCUCCAGCGCCGCGGCCAACUUCCGCGGCACAACGAACGGCUCCUCUGUACCGCACCCAGCCCUGAGGUCGCGCUCCAUCUCGACUGUUCAGCAGCAGCAACUGCAGCACCUCCGCACCUUGCCACGCCACGCCAGCAGCGCGCGGAGCAGCUCCUCGCAUAGUCGACCGGCGUCGGCGGAGCCGCGGAAGGAUUUCCCACAGAUGAUGACAUCCGGAAGUGCCGCGGCGCGUUCACAAGAGAGUGCGACGUCUGUGCCAAGCGGCAACGCACGCAGACUCUUCGUCAAGAAUCCUAUGACGGCUCCGCCCGUCGCCACCACGGCGCAUAUGCGCGCCUUCAGCAACAAGGCCCUCUAUGUCCGUCCUCGGUCAGCGAGCCUCACGUGCAUCUCCUUGCCAGACCCGGACUCACCGCAGUCCAAUCGAAACUUGAUCCAGGUCCUGGCGGUUAGUCACAACAGUUCUCCGGCCGCGCGGGCAUGGAGGGCGGGCAUAGCAAGCAACAGCGCCAUCAGAGGCCCCGAGUCGCUCUCGCAGAGUAACCAGCGUCACUUUUUACCUGGACCGCGGACCUGCGACGUCCCUGCGAUGGAUACACGAGAGCAGUUCGCCGUGGAUGGCACGAGCGUAAAGGCUGCACAGCGCAGUCGUAGCUGUUCAGCAUCGAUGGUGCAGCGCCAGCAACCGCAACAGACCACAGCUGGCUCGUCACCGCGGGCAGGGCAGACGCACCCCCAAGGCACCCUCGCGGAUGCAGCCAGCUCCGGCACACCGGGCCGCCAGCUCGAUGAAUCUGGCGCCGCCGACAACGACGGCGGCCGUCACCGCUUCGUCGAUAAACAUCAGGCGUCUGAGAAACUGGCGAUGGCCGUCCCCUUCACACCUCAAGCGGCUGCAGGGGUGGCUGGCAUCGAGAUUGGGCCCGCUGCGGGGGAGUGGAACCUACCGCGCAUUCAGCAACGCAUCCUUGCUGCGCGACUGCAAGCGGAGGUACACCAACACUUCACCAGCGCGGUGGAGAUACUCCUCGCCGUCCAAAUAAGUCUCGAUGUGGACUACCAAGAAGCCUCACAGGGUGGUGGUGGCCGCGAACCUGCCUCGGUCUUCUUGCUCACUCCAGCGCAGCGGGCGUACUACGCCGAUCUCGUGGGGCGUGAGCUGCAGUACGUCACGUCUCUGUGGACGGCGAAGCUGCAGUUCAUGGAGCCACCGACGGUCGCUGCCACGACGCCAGCUGUGAAUCGGCUUCGAGGAACAGCAAGAAAUAUUGCCGGCUCCUACGCGGUGUCUUCUGACCCUACGACAGCAACGGAGGCGGCGGGGGCGGAAGGCAAAGGCGUGCGCCUCAGCAACGACAAGCCCAGCAGACGGCACUCCCGUGCAACGGCGCGCCUCAUGUCGUCGUCAGGGCACUGCCUCUCACCCCCGACGCACGCGACCAACAGCACCGCCUCCAGCACGUCGCGUCCCGACUCUGCCACACCCGCUCACUCAGCCGUGGCCGUGAGUGUCACUUCGACGGACCAUCCAUUGCCCAAGAUAGCAUCGCGCAAGAGGGCCCCUGUCGAGUUUCACGAAAUACCGGAGAUGCAGCGUUGCGCUCAUCGCUCGCGGCAGUUGCGUGACAGUGCCACGGAUGACGUCAACGGUGAUGGGUCAGAGGCGAGUCAGCUCAGCAGCAUUCUCGUCGAUACCAGCAAUAGCAAGAUGGUGCCGUCCUCUCCGCUUACCUCCGCAUUCAGUGAGGGCGGCAUAUCCGCUACUGGCAUCCGCACGAGUGAACCGUCUCUUCGCGCGGUCCCAGAAAGCUCGGCACUCAACGGCACCACGGCGCCCUCACAGCCUUUCAGGCAACGUCCACCGUGUGAUCAAAGGCGCAGCCGGCAGCCCAUCCGUCGAAGUGCGUACUUGAUGGACGCUAUCAGCACCGACUCGUCCGCUGCCAAUGAGCUCUCCUCGGUCUGGGAUGACGAGGUGCUUGGGUCGCAGCUGCACGGGCCCUUUGAGGAUGCCGCGAUCCAGCGCGUGCGGUGCCGCUCCAUGCAGAGGAAGAGGCCAUCUAUCAACGAACCCCGAACCCCGAUAGAAGCGAGAUCCUCCUCCCACAGCAGCCGCCUCGGUCUCACAGCCGAGGGCAGCGAUGGACGCAGGACGGGUCCCCGCGGCUCGCUCGUCGCGGAAACGUCCCCAGAGCACAGCAGCGACAGUAGCGGGCGGUGGGUCAGCGUACUCAGAGCCUGCCCGCCCGUUUGCCAGCUUUCACCAUCGCAGCUGGCGGCAUUGGCAGCCAAGUGUCACGCUGCAGGCGGCGCUGUGGCUUCUGCGCCGACAUUGGAGCGCGAGACAGCCCCCACCGCCCUUCACAAAGCGGAAGACGCCGCCUCGUCGGUGUCGGCGCAUGCGGGAUCGUCACACAGGCUGUCGUUGACCGCGUCGCCUGUUGUGUCCAACUGCUCCCCCCUGCAUACGCCCAAGAAGCACCGCCCAGCCCACUCUGCUGUAACUGACGUUGAUGCCGCUGCUCCACCGUCCUGCCGGCCCACGGAGCUGGGAAAGUCUACCCAAUCACCUCUUGGCUCCUCAAGCCCCAUUGCAAGCGACGCGCACGCUGGGGACUCAGCACCAGCGCCAUUCACUCUCUCCGCCGCGGCAACGAGUGGUGAGGCCGCCGCGAAAACCCAGCCUGUCGGUGCGGGUGACGCCAACAUCGCACCUGCUAGCCGAGUCUCUUCGAGCACGCCGCUCCCGUAUAUGAAGGAUGGCGAGCAGUACAGUGAGUUGAACGGGAGCGGUGCAAGCAGUGCGGUGAAGCGCCGCCAGAUGGUGCAGCAGAGCGCGCUUCUCGCAGAGAAGCAGCGACGGGGCAGCGCGUCGUUCUCGGUCAUCGAGGCACCAGGCGACACGCAACUGUCGAGUGGAACACACACCAGCUCCACGCAUCCCCUGCCCCGCCACCGCAGCUCAGGCGGCGACGACAGGAUUUCCUCGAGCGGCGUCAUCCGUGCCAUCACGAUUACCAUCGACAGCACAAGCGGAGCUGAGGACUCGUCCGCGACCACGACUGAAAAAGCAUCGAUCACAGCCACCGCCUCCAGCGCCGGCGCGCAGCACGGACAUCACCACAUGCAGCACCCGCAGAGCGGCACGUUGGACAGGGAUCACGAUCACCAAGAGUCACAGCGGCUCCUCAGCCCACCCUCUUCUACCCCGAUGCUCGCUGCGCGCGACGAGAGUGGCAGCCGCUGCCCAUCCCUAUCGCCCACUCAAACACCCUACGCCUACGAGCAUAAGACGAUUGUUUGCAGUGACGGACAGCCCUGCAAGCGCCUUAUUCUGUGCAAGGCGGAGCGACCGCCCCGUAGCACGCGCCUCCACCACACCGAAGCCGGAUUCGUCGUCCCCAGCAACUCAUCCCAACGCGGAGUCAGUGGACCUGCUACCCCACGCUCGCUUUCUCCUCCGUCGAACCUCACCCCAACGCAUUCCCAGCACACCGCUUCCACGCCGGUAAUCGUUGGAGCGGAUGGGAGCAGCCCGCGUGGUGCUCAGACGGAACUUCAACAUCAGGGGCGUCCGGAUACCAUGAGCACCGUGACUGCACAUAAGCCUCAUACCUCCCUCGUGGCCACUAGCGCUUCGCUGGCAGCAGGGCGAUUAGAGGGGCACCGGCCUCUUGCGAUGCUGGCCACGCAUUCGGCCGAGACGUCGCCCCUGCAGAGAGAGGCGGGCAUGGCGGACGACGAGCGCGCGGUGCCGGUGCGUGUUGUGGUCGAGUCUGUCGCGAUGGGGAACCCGUCGUCAGCAGAUUCUGAAAGGCAGGGCGUUUUGUUCACUGUCUCUCCUGCAGGCGAGUCAGUGUCACAAGACGACUUCUCCGGCACGUUCAUUAGGGAGGCGGUCGCCGGUGGUGGGAGGGACGCCAGUACGUCAGGUGCUGUUGAGACUCCUGGGCCGGGCCGGCAGACUGCCGAUGGCAGUCGGGUGAGCGACGAGCGACGCCAGUUUAUUUUCAGCGGCGAUGUAGCGCAGUUAUGGCUGGAUGAGGAGGGCUCUUUUGCUGGAACCUACUGCAACACCUACAGAGUGCCACUGCAACGUGUGGAGGCGGCAGCGCUGAAGUGGCGUGGGCCUCCGGUGUGCAAUCUGCGAGCUCUUGUCGCUGUGGGCGACGGCGAUGUGGCGUGUGAACGACACUCGGCGCACAGCGGUCGGUCAGUCUUAUCAUCUGCUGCAGCGGAAGUCAGCGCGACGGUGUCCACGGAGACGCUGCACGAGGCAAGGUGUGUUGGAGGCAUGCCUGGCGGCGUGACGCGCACCUGUACGGGGCCGACAGAUAUCCACUUUGCCGGACCUCGAGAGCUUCUGAAGACACGCCGUUGGGAGCGGCAGCAUAACCAGCUCCCGCAGCCAAAGAUGCUCCGGCAAAGCACCUACCACCUUCCGACAAGCCACGGUGCAGUCACCGCCGCGGCCGCGACGGAAAACCGCGAUCGAUCUUGUAGAGCGGGCAUCACCGACGCGCUACCGUUUCGGCGCGGUAGUGUGAAGGCGGAGACGGUGAGAGGAGACAGAGCACGUGUCUGCUCGACCUUCAUGCAUUUCUCGCUGCCCCCUGAUCCAGUCACCCAGCUGCUUCAUCGAAAAGUGUACAGUGAUGACAACUUCGUCAUGUUUCGCCGCGCUGCCGUUGCCGCUGUUGCUGCUUCCCGUCCUGUAAUGGCGGAAGCCACACAACAGAAGCGCCCGGAAUCGGCGGGAGCUGCACGCACUCAUCCUUGGCAUGCCUCUGCUCAGUAG